CUGGUUCCUUUGUCAUUCAUCACAUCUCCUCUGGACAUAAGCUUCCUGGUUUUUAUUUCAAAUUUUGGUCUGAAAUUUUCGACAUUGAUCAGAGAAAGGAGAACAUAUGCCAGACAGCUGCUUCAGGAUGACUGACGCAUACUGCAGAGGCCAUUGAAAGCAUCGCAUGGUGGGGGAGGGUGAACUGAAUCGAGGUGUGAGACAGAGUGCAGAACAGCAACGGUUGGAUGGAAAAGGAGGGUGGACAAAUUUUUGUGAUGGGAUAAAAAUCAAGCAAAUGCAGUCCAUUAAUUGCAUACUUUCAUUUUCCUUUUUCUGUUCUGGAAGUGGUGCACUCUGCCUGAAUACACUGAUCUGCAAUUUCACACACACACAGGCAGAGGCAGCUCCGCCUCCUCUGCAGUGAAGCGACAGCCAGGGAGGGCAGCAAUGGAGGAGCCAGCAGUGCAGCAUGAAAAAAUAGACAAGUCACAGGAACAACGAGAAGAUGGAGGAAAGGCAGAUUGGAAAAAUGAAUGCUCUUUUUCUGACUUGCUUAAGCAUUCUUGCUUUUUAUGUUGGUCAUCUCCUGGAGACACAGACGUCAUAGAAAUGGAUGACGGAGUCCUGGCCAAGGCAGGCGAGAUCAGAGAGCUGGAAAAUGCAUUGGCAGUGGAGAACGUGGAACUUCAAGAGCAGCAAUCAGACUGUAAGGAUUUACAGGAGACCCUGGUGAAACUAGAGAAACACAAAGAGAAACUGAUUCAGCAGAUAAAGGCAACCAGACAGCUCUGCUAUGAAGAAAGUCAAAAGAUACUAUCUCUGCAAGCAGAGGAAGUGCAAAAGGAGAGCCAGGUGGAGGAGUAUGAGAGAGAACUUGCCCGAGCUCGGUGGAGGCUGAAAAAGCUCAGGGAGGAGGUGAAAAAAGCUAAAAGGAAGGUGGAGAACGCUCAGGAACGGAACAGUCCCCUCCAAGACUCUAUCAGACAGUCCUAUGAAGAAAUCCUGCAGGAAGAGCACACCCUGUAUUCUUUGUCAGGAGGAGUAGUGACACCUGACAGCCAGCUUGAGGAAUCUACAUCUCCUGCAGACACCACUGAAGAUGAUCCCCUUCCUAUGAAGCCAUGGGGAAGGAGCCAAUCACUGCCUGCAUAUGCUGACCUAAUCAUGGGGGCUGGCGAUUUAUCUUUCUGUAAUAAUUUAGCAGGUACAAGAGAGGACGAUGAAAGUGGGAGCAGCUCUACAAAGGAAAUAGAUAGAUCAGACAUUGAAGAAGAUCCAGAGAAUGGCAAGAUCCACAAUGAAAUGGAUAAUGAGAGAGAGGAAGCUUCUACUCUUAACCCAGCCCCUCUGAGUCAGCUGGACUUCUACCAAGUGAAUUUGUUUACUUACUGCCAGACCGACAAUGAUCUCUUCAAUGAGGACCUGUUUCCUAAAACGGACUCAUCUGAUGGAUUUGCUUCAGACCCUUUCAAAGGCAAUGAUCCUUUCGCAAAAGACAUUUUUUAUUCCAGCACUAAUGAAGAAGUGGAAAAUGUCUGUGAUGAGGCAGACACCAGUUUGUCAUGUGCUGAAAACAAAGCUUCAACAGGAACUCAGUGCUUUGAGUCUGAAUUCCCAGAUGAAGAUAGUGACAUAGAAAUCAGCUACAGCAGAGAAGACUUAGAUGCUAUUGCCAUUGUAGAUGAUUUCAGUGGAUUUAAACCCAUACAGAGCUCAUCAGAAGAGCUAAUGCCAGAGCCCAUAGUUGACAGAAAGUGUCCGGGGCAGCAUUCUGUGGAAUCAGACCCAAGUGGGUAUGAGUUGGAUCUCUGUCUUGUCUCUUCAUCCUCUAAAACAGAAGAACACCACCAUGGAUCUCUAGCUAAAGAGGACACCUCUGAGGGAACAGGAGGAUCACAAGUUCCAAGCUGUGUUUCAGCUCAGGCUAUUCAUCAUCAUCACAGUGACCAUUUGAUGUUGGAGCCACAUUGGAUAAGUGACAUACAACAAACUGUUCCUCAUGAUUUACCUUCCAGGAAGGUAACAGAAGUGAUAAGAAACACUGCAGAGGAACCCAGAAAUGCUGAGUCCCCCAACAAUUCACUAAACUCUCAGAACCAACUUGUUAUUAAAUCAGACUGUCAUCAAAACAAUUUAGAUUUAAGUUAUAGCUCAGCCAGUCCUGCUUGUUUUGACCCUUAUGGGUUUAAACUCAGUCCAGAGAACUCUAGCCACACACUAGUAGACCCUGAUGAAGCUGAGCUGAGCCCAGAACAUGCAGAAAACGUUAUUAUCUUUGAUGGUGAACUCUCAUCUUCUCCACCAUAUGAUCUACACUUUGUUCCCUAUGGGUUUGAAAUCACUGCCUGUCAAAUAGUGCGUGACUCUGACCCUUAUGGCUUUAAACUCAGUCCUGAUGAAGAGAACCAGGUAGUUUUAGACCUUUGUGGUCAUGAUAACCUAGACCCAAUGGUUCCUAGCACCAAUGAAAACAAUGAGGAAUUAGAGAACUUUAACUAUGCUUACCAGGAAGUACUAAAAACUCAUAUAUUUGAAAACCAAGAGGUUCUUGAAGAGUGUGACUACAACUUUCAAAAAGUCUUGGAUUCUAGAAGUUUUGGAAACCAAGAAGUGUUGGAGCCACCCAGCCCUUUCAAAAAAGAGCUGGUUGUCUGUGAAAAAAAGGAACUCGUUGAUUUCAGCUCUCAUGAAAAUCAAGAGGUGGUGGAGACCUUUCCCAGCAUUAACAAGGAGUAUUUACUUGAACCUUGUAGCUAUAAUAACCAAGAGGUGCUGGAAACUAAUACCCAUGGCAAUCAGGAACUGCGAGAAUUUUCAUAUCCUGAAAACCAGGAGAUUUUGGAUUUAGAUUUUAGCCACGAAAAUCAAGAGCUUCUGUGUUUUUACAACACAGAAAACCACACAGUACUUGUCUCAGACUGCCAUCAUGACAAGGAACUCCAGGAUCUCAGCCUCACUGAAAAUCAGGAAUUGCUAGAUUUACAUAGCCAUGACAACCAAGAGACACUAGACAUGUUUAGUCAUAAAAAUGUAGGUGAUGUAAAACAAAAUCAAGACAUUGUAGAAACAGAACUCGGUUUCUCAAAUAACAGUUCAGACAGUGAUCUAGCAUCAAAUAAUGUAGAAAAACUGGAAUUUGGCAGCACGAAUGUAUGUUCUGCCAGCACCAUAAAUAGUGCAACAGCUGAUGCAUUUAACAAGACCAUCAGCAGCAUGUCAACCAAACAGGACUCAAGUAUAUCCGAAUCGGCCAACAGUCAGAUGUUUUUUGGAGCUGAUCUGGGAUCGGUGUUUGGUGCUGGAGGAUACAUUGGUUGUCCUGAUGUAGCCGAUGACUUGGAGCCUCUGAACAGAUGCCAAGAAAAUCCACCACCAAAAUCAGCACCAGAUCCAAUACAACCAGUAAGACCUAUUAGGCCUCCGAGACCAUCUCUCAAGAAAAAGGAGGAGGGAACAUCCCAGGGUAUUGACCUGAAGUGAUCUCUGCCAUGUCUGCACCAUCUUCUAGCAAAGACAAUAAAAACAAGUAAAAAACAGUGGGGGAAAUAAAGGAAAAUGAGUUCACAAAUUGAAAAAUUUAAAUGUAAAAAUGUAGGAUGAUAUAGAAAAGAACAAGACGUUAUUGUGGAGUUACAUGUGCUGAUACAUGACAACAAAUUACUUCUCAUCCAAAAAAUAAGUUGGUCAACUUUAGCCAAGUGGGAAGGAGAUAAAAGUAAAAUGUAAAAACAAAUUAGAACCACUGUACCAGUUGUCUGUGAAUACAUUAUUUUUGGAUGUCAGAAUCUGAAAAUGAAUGGCAUUCUAGAGAGAUGCUGGAGAUACAAACAUGUAAAUAGAUAAAUUAAAUCUGAACUUGUGGCUUGAAGAAUUAGUUGUCAGUUAGUAGUUUAGGCUAAACAGCCAUAGAGUGAGGUCAGGGUGUGGAGUGGCCUCCUCUGAUCAGUCACUCCAUAAUGUGUAGUUUUAAAUGUGAUUCUCUCCCUGAUCCAGGCUCAGUCGUUGCUUUGCAUGAACGUUUGCUUUAUUAUAUCCACAACUGCACAGCAGGGAAAUCAAAGCUGAGUACCUCUGUACAUGCUGCUCCAGGACAAGUGAAAACUACAUCAUAAUUAUAAUGAUAAUUAUAAAUUAUUUGGUGACAACAAAAUCAUCACUGAUAACCUUAUCAGUUUCAAUUCAUUUAAAUCCACCAUACUAUUUACUAACACAAAAAUAAGGUCAAUUUAACAGUUGAGGUUUUAAUAAAAACUAUUAUAAAGUAUGAUAUUUUAUUCACAGGAACAUUUCCAAGUGAGAAAACAAUACCAGAAUCGGACAAAACAGCAAAUGAGAAUUCUCCAGCUGUUGGAUGUCAGGGCUCAAAACAAAAACAUUUCCAUUGUCCUUUCUGUGGGUCCUGCGAUGGUUAAAAAAGGUUUGGGGCUGGUGCCAGGGCCAAGAGGGUGACCCAACAAAUACACAGGGAGAGAUUUAAAUCUGAGUUUAGAUGGGGAGGACGGAUAGCAAACAGUAGGGUUGAACAUGUUUCCACUCCAAAACAGACAACAGGUAGAGAUAAGGUACAAGGCUACGAGACAAAACCUUAGAGACAUUUUAGGCAUAAGGAAUAGUUUUCUCCCAGAGUCAUCAUAGUUUUUCUACUGGUAUUAGUAAAUUCUUUUUUUUCCUCAUUUAUUGAUCAGAAGGCUAUGGAUCAGAAUCAGAAUCAGAAUCAGAAAAGCUUUAUUGCCAAGUACGUUUUUGGACAUACAAGGAAUUUGUUUUGGCG